AUGAGUGACAAAUCCCGCCAGGUAUAUUGCUACUUCUGGCUCUUUGGUCUAAUCAAUAAUGUACUCUAUGUGGUGAUACUUUCCGCAGCUGUUGAUAUCGUUGGCCCUACUUUGCCUAAAUCUCUAGUGUUACUAGCCGAUAUAUUCCCAUCACUGACUAUUAAACUGUGUUCUCCCUUUUUCAUCGAUAAAAUCAAGUAUAGCUAUAGAAUAUGGUCUUUGGUUAUGAUGAGCUGCCUAGGGAUGUUCUUAGUUUCUUUUAAAAACUUGUUCGUCUGCCUCCUAGGAAUAUCAUUUGCCUCUAUGUCUUCGGGAUUUGGUGAGGUAACAUUCCUACAAUUAACACACUACUAUAAGCAAAUAUCUUUGAAUGGUUGGUCGUCAGGUACCGGUGGUGCGGGAAUUCUUGGAGGGGCAUCCUACAUGAUCUUAACUUCAAUUUUUAAAGUGCCCGUAAAACUAACUUUGCUGGUGUAUAGUGUUCUUCCGUUUGCAUUCCUGUUUUAUUUCAAAUUAGAUUCUAAUGAUAUCAGCUCUGAGUACCAAAGUCUUGAACAGAUCGACGAAGCAGAGGACGAACAAUUGGAGCCAUUCGCUGUCGCUCUCACACAGACUAACGCUUCUCAAUCCUUGUAUCUCACCAGGCAUCACGUAUUUCGCACAUUCAAAAGGCUUUGGAGAUUGGUUUUCCCAUAUAUGCUUCCCUUAACCACUGUUUAUUUGUUCGAAUAUUUAAUAAAUCAAGCGGUAUCCCCCACACUAUUAUUUCCAAUUGAUGGCGGUAAAGAAAGUAAGUCUAUGCCAUUUUUCUUUCAUAAAUACAGGGACAUGUAUGUAACGUAUGGGACGCUCUACCAAUUAGGCGUCUUCAUAUCUAGAUCAUUUGGUCAUCUUAUAAGAAUGAGAAACCUAUACAUUCUAGCAUUCUUACAGGGUAUAAAUUUGUGCAUAACAAUACUGCAAUCAUGGUUCUAUGUAGUUCAUUCGCCCUGGUCAGUGAUGGUACUGAUAUUCUAUGAAGGUUUCCUUGGUGGCGCAUCCUACGUCAACACAUUCUUAAAUAUCCUCGAGAAAGAAAAUUCUGAAGAAACAGAGUUCGCUAUGGGUGCAGUAUCUAUUGCGGAUUCGUUUGGCGUCUUUUUGGCUGCAUUGGUCGGUUUGGGACUAGAACCGAAACUUUGUGAGCACCAGGUUUCUGACAACAGACCUUGGUGUAGAAUGGAAUGA